AUGACAUCCGAAGAACCCAUCGAUGUAGUUGCAAAAAAGGCAGACGCUAAUAAAACAAACCCAAAUUUUCCUGACGACAAUCCUGAAAGCAGCAAAGGGGAGAAACAACAACAGCAACUAAAACGAUCUCAUGAGUUAAUGCAACUAGUUUAUGAGCUGCCAACAGAAGUAGAGAGCCCUAUACACAACAAUAAUAUGCUUAAAGAAAACCCACCGAUAACAAUUGUUGAGAUUACGGAACAGAAUGGUUGUGAAACUGAAUUAUGUAGUGGGACAUGUGAUAGUGAUUAUUACCAAGAGUCAAAUCCCAAUGAUUUAGGUAAUAGCGUUGUUUAUGAUGUAUUAGCAACUAAUGAGCUGAUAAUGCAAUGUGCUGAUGAGUACAAAGAAGUUAUUGAUAGGACAUCACCAGAUGUUACGACUGAAGAGGAUUUAUUAGAAUUGAAAGCAAUAUUGGAUAAUAAGCCGAAACUUUUGGAGAGGUAUAUAAGAGAAUGCGCAUCUGUGGAUCAAGUGAACAGGCUUCAUAACCUAACAUCUUGUGGUCCGCUGUCACCAAGACCACACCAUGAGGCUCGGAGUACUUCAGUUACUUCAGAUCUAUUCCAGCUAUGGUUGUCAUCGUCUCCGGUUAAGAGGUCUCGAUCGCCAAGCAAUUCAGCGCAGAGACAAUUAGAUGAGGCAGAUCUCUUUAUGGACCUUAUCAAAGACGUCGCUAAUGAGUUGGACAUAGAUGUACUAUGUCAUAAGAUUCUCGUGAACGUUUGUUUACUGACUUCAGCCGACAGGGGGAGCUUGUUUCUAGCUAAAGGAACUCCGCCUAAUAGAUAUCUUCAGGCUAAACUGUUUGACGUCACUCGAGAUACAGAACUCGAAGACGCUUUGAAAAUUGCACGAACACAGGAAAUUAGGAUAGCUUUUGGUAUUGGGGUCGCUGGAUUGGCAGCGCAGACGAAACACCCAAUCAAUAUUAAAAAUGCUUACGCUGAUCCAAGAUUUAACAGUGAGAUAGACGCUCGCACGGGUUACAAGACGGAACUGAUUCUGUGCAUGCCGAUCUGCAACUACGAGGGGGAUGUUGUUGGUGUCGCGCAAAUCAUUAAUAAAACUGACGGUUCCAAAGAAUUUUCACCACGAGACGUGGAAGUAUUUAGACGCUACUUGACUUUCUGCGGAAUUGGGAUUCAAAACGCACAGCUGUUUGAAUCAUCGGUGUUGGAAUACAAACGAAAUCAAAUCCUUUUAGCAUUAGCGCGGAGUAUCUUUGAAGAGCAAAGCAACUUGGAAUGCUUAGUGACAAAGAUAAUGACUGAGGCUAGAGAAUUAUUGAAAUGUGAAAGAUGUGCGGUGUUUAUAUUAGACACUGAUCAUUGUGAAUCGAGUCAUCUAGAACGUAUAGUGCAGCGUCCAGGUGGUGUCAGAAGUGGUGCGUUGGCAUUACCACCACCUGCACCCACUAGGUUCCACACACUCUUCGAGCUGGGAGCCAAACACUCAAGAACAACACUCACACCGAAACAUGACAGUAAAUCAACUCUAGCAUGCAUUGCUUUGGCGGUGGCCCAAUCAAACAAAUCUCUUAACAUAUCUGACGUUGGCGAAUGGAGAGUUGAACACGGAAUGACUGUGGACCCAGCGAGCGAUGACGCGGCCAAUGUUCGUACUAUGCUGUGCAUGCCAAUUGUAAACGCGAAUAAGGAUGUAAUUGGAGUUGCCCAACUAAUCAAUAAGGAAAACGGCUCUCAAUUUACAGACGGGGAUAUCUCAAUAUUUGAAGCAUUUGCUAUAUUUUGCGGCUUGGGUAUUCACAAUACGCAGAUGUAUGAAAAUGCUUGCAAAUUGAUGGCAAAGCAGAAGGUAGCACUUGAGUGCCUCUCAUACCACGCCACUGCAUCCGCGGAAGACACGAGCAAGUUAUGUCAAGAUGUCAUACCUUCUGCAGAAGUAUACAACUUGUACAGCUUCAAAUUUCACGACUUUGAUUUGUCUGAUGAAGAUACAUGUAGAGCAACUUUGAGAAUGUUCCUGCAAUGCAAUUUGGUGGAAAAGUUUCAUAUACCAUAUGAUGUCCUUUGUCGUUGGAUACUCAGCGUAAAGAAGAAUUACCGCCCUGUUAAAUAUCAUAAUUGGCGGCACGCGUUAAAUGUAGCUCAAACUAUGUUUGCUAUGUUAAAAACUGGUAAAAUGGAGCGUUUCAUGACUGACCUUGAGAUCCUAGGACUAUUAGUAGCUUGUCUAUGCCACGACUUAGACCAUAGGGGUACAAAUAACGCAUUCCAAACGAAAACGGAGAGUCCUCUUGCGAUUUUAUAUUCAACAUCCACAAUGGAACAUCAUCACUUCGACCAGUGCGUAAUGAUCUUGAACAGCGAAAGCAAUAAUAUUUUCCAGGCCCUGUCACCAUGCGAUUAUAAAGACGUGAUGAGGGUAGUGGAAACAGCAAUAUUAUCAACGGACCUAGCAAUGUACUUCAAGAAGAAAUCAAAGUUCCUAGAAUUAGUAGAUAAUGGCGAAUUCGAUUGGCAGAGCCAAGAGAAGAAAGAAUUAUUAUGUGGAAUGAUGAUGACAGCGUGUGACGUGUCAGCUAUAGCUAAACCCUGGGAAGUGCAACACAAGGUGGCCAAGCUAGUUGCUGAUGAGUUUUUUGAUCAGGGAGACUUAGAGAAGCUGCAGCUCAACCAACAGCCUAUUGCUAUGAUGGAUAGAGAGAAAAAAGAUGAACUACCUCAAAUGCAGGUCGGCUUUAUAGAUAUGAUAUGUUUGCCGCUGUAUAGAGUACUAUCCGACACAUUCCCAUGGAUUCAACCAUUAUAUACUGGCACCAUGGAGAAUAAGCGAAGGUGGCAAGAUCUAGCUGAAAAAGUUGAGAUGGGGUUGACAUGGAUAGAUCAUGAUACAAUUGACAAACCCAUAGAAGAAUUUACAGCUUCUAACGAACCCAUAAAAGACGUAGAAUUCACAGUAACUACGCUCAACUGCACUCGACCGGUUUCCGACACCACAAGCACGGCACUCGUGAAGCCCAUUAAAACAUCAUUCCAUUCAUUAAGGAAAAAGAACACUAAUUUCCAGAGACCAGCUCGGAGCAAACUAACUAGAUCCCUCUACGCGGCUCCAAGCACACGAGACGAGAAAGCGACGGCGACACCGGCUCUGGAGACUCCUGUGACAGAGGAAAGGAGCUCCCAGACCAGCAAGGCUUCUAAACAUAAAGGACGGAGUAACCAGGGCAGUACAGAAAAACCGGACAAAGUCAAACCGUCCAAAUCAAUUGACUAA